CGGCAGUAAAUCAGCUUCCAAAUUGCGGGGUGGCAAGAUCGCCAAGGGCUAUCCACUUCCAACUCCACCCGAAGACACUGACGAUGAUUUCAGAAUCACUGCAGAUUACCAUACAUAAUUCGUAAUAUAUAACAUCGGCUGUGAGUCCUUCAUCUCAUUACCUCUCCCCGUGCGUUGAUCUUCCCCCUUCACUCCUCCCCUCAUGUGACGUCAUUGGACAACCAAACCGAAAUUUGAACACUUUCACUGAAAUUCACGGCUUAUGCUGAGGAGAAAAGCCGGCAAGGCUAGGCUGAUAAAUUAAUAGCGCAAUUCUUAACUGCUUUCAUGUGGGCUAUGCGCGCGUGAUUUGGUGUGGUGUUCCAGAACAACUCACUGCCUUCCGGUAUGCCAGGCAUGGAGCACAGGGACACGAACGGGGUGCAACGGCAACCUCCACGAGAGAAAUCCGAGGAGCCUGUAACGGUGCUGGUCACUGGCUUUGGGCCCUUCCUCACUCAAAUCCCCAAAAACACCUCCUGGGAAAUCGCCUCUCGCCUCCCCGCCCUCAUCCCCGCAGACGACACCAACCCAACUCCCAUCCACAUCUACGUGCACCACGAGCCCAUCCGCGUCGCCUACGACACCGUCACUUCGCUCGUCCCCACCCUCCUCCCGCCAGCAAGCCCCCAAAACCCCGCUCCCUCCAUCAUCCUGCACAUCGGCUUAGCAGCAAGCCGCCGAUUCUUCGCCUUAGAAACCUGCUCCCAUAGCCGAGGCUACGACAAGAUCCGCGACGUCGACGGACGCGUCUUCAGCGACAAGGCCGCCGAAUCCCUCUUCCCAGCGGAACGAUAUCCCCCGGUUCUGGAAACGAGUUUCGACACGGCAGACGUACUGGAGCGCUGGAAAGGCUUCUUGCAGGAGCCCGGGGCAACUGCUAGCGUCGUCGGGUUUGCCCAGUCGGCAAUGCCGACACCGGAUGUGCGGCUUAGCAACCAGGCGGGGAAUUUCAUGUGCGGCUUCAUAUAUUGGAUGUCGCUGGCGCAUUACUAUUCGAUCCGGGAAGAGGAGCGGCCGGUCGUGUUUCUGCAUGUGCCGGACUUGAGUUGGAGUACGGAGAGGAUGGAGAUGGGGAGGGAUGUGGUGGUUGCGUUGAUCAAGGCGUUGGUUGAGAGUCGGAGGCAGGUGGGUGUGGUGGAUAGGGGAGUGAGGCGCAGUGAGGUGAGCAGUCAAAAGGCCGAGGAGAGGAGGGCGGCUACGGAUGUAAAUUUUGCGUAAAGUAUACUUAAAAUCGAAUAAGCGGACUCUUAGGCUUAGGUUUGCGCGGUGAAAUAGGUUUGGAGCAUCUUAGCAUGUUGGUAUGUACUCAACAUAAAUGGGACUGUAUUCAACAUUAAG